AGGUGCCAUUUCAUGUUGGAGGUUAUGAACUAAAAACCUGAAAUAAAAGGACUGAAAUCCAUGAUUGAGAUGGACAUUUAACUGGUGAGUCUACCGAUUGAAAGAUACUUCAAAGAUCUGAAGAAAAUGGCUGAGAAGACUCUUUUUAAAGAUUACCUGAGCUGCCACGUUUGUUCAGAGAUUUUCAAAGAUCCGGUGUCUCUGAGCUGCAACCACAACUUCUGUUCAAGCUGUCUGAAAGAGUUCUGGGAACAAACUAAAAGCCGAAACUGUCCCAUCUGUAAAAGAAGAUUUUCUAAAGAGGAUUUUGGUGUGAACUUUUCACUGAAGGAACUUGCCGACUCUUUUGCUGGAACACAGACAGGUGGAUCAUAUGAGACUGAAAAAGAAGAAAAGAGGCUGGAGGAGGUUUGUAGGAAACACCCAGAAAAACCUCAACUGUUCUGCAGAGACGAACAGAGAGCUGUGUGUCCUGGAUGUGACGUUUCUCUGCACCAGAACCACAAAGUGGUUCCUGUAGAAGAAGCAGUCAGUGAGCUGAAGGAGAAGCUGAAAUCUGACUUAAAGUCUCUGCAGGACAAGAGGGACGAAUACAAACAAGUGGAGGAAACAUAUGAAGAUGUGGUUCAACACUCCAAGAAGCAGCUGUUGUCCACAGAGAAGCAGAUCAGAGCAGAGUUCAACAAACUCCAGCAGUUCCUGAAAGAGGAAGAGGAGUCCAGACUGGCAGCUCUGAGGGAGGAAGAGGAGCAGAAGGGGAGGAGAAUCAGCAGGGAGAGGAAGAGGAUCCAGGAGCAGAUCUCCUCUCUGUCAGACAGCAUCUCUGCUGUUAAAGAAGACCUGCAGAAAGACAACAUGCUGUUCCUCAGCAGGUAUAAACCCACUCAGGACAGAGCCAGAGACCAGUGCUCAGUGUCAGAUCCACAGCUGCUCUCAGGAGCUCUGAUAGAUGAGGCCAAACACCUGGGAAACCUGGCCUUCAGAGUCUGGGAGAAGAUGAGGGACAAGGUCCACUUCAGUCCUGUUAUUCUGGACCCAAACACUGCAGACCCCCGUCUCCAUCUGUCUGCGGAUCUGACCAGUUUGAGUUAUGGAGCUACAAAGCAGCAGCUUCCUGAUAAUCCAGAGAGAAACAUCAACUACACCAGUGUUUUUGGUUCUGAGAGUUUCACCUCAGGGAAACACAGCUGGGAGGUGGAGGUGGGAGAUCAUCCUAACUGGCUGCUGGGUUUGGUUAAAGACUCAGUUGACAGGAAGGACGAGAGAUAUCCUUCACCAAAUAAUGGGAUCUGGUGUUUAUGGCAUGGUGAUGGAAAAUACACCAAUGGGGCUGACAAGAACAUCAAGAUGAGGACGAGUGUCCAGAGGAUCAGAGUCCAGCUGGACUAUGACGGGGGAGAGGUUUCCUUCUACAACCCUGAAGACAUGACACACAUCUACACUCACAGAGACACUUUCACUGAGAAACUCUUACCUUAUUUCAGUGUUGGAAAGUCUCGUGAUUCAAAAACUUCUGAGAUCAGAAUCUGUCCGACUGAGAUUUAGUUUUAACAUUUUAAAAUAUAUUUGUGUCUUUAAUGUUUUGAUGGAAUAACUUUUCCAAGAUCAGAAUUAUUUCAAGUUUCAAAUUUCAACUGCACACAAAAAAUAUUUUCUUUUUUUUUAGUAGUUUAAUUAUUUAGUAUGGAAACAUUACUGACAGAUGAAUAAAGUCUGGCUUAAAUGAAUUGUAUUGAUAUACUGUAUAGCAAAUAAAAAUUCUCAAAAGAAUGGCCCUACAGCAUGUAAAAAUGUAAAAUGUAAAAAGAAGUGACAAUGAUUUCUGCAUCAUCUAAAUAAUGUUUUAUUUAAAGGAUAAUGAGUUUCACCAUCAAAAUGAAAAAAUAAACAACAACAAAACAUACAAACAAACAAAAAGAGGACUCUGAGCUGCCUUUCCUAUAAGUCAUAAAGGUUAGUGUCCUGUUAUGUUACCAGUUAGCUGUUGCUUCGACCUCUUUUAAGGGCCCAUUUUUGCUGGUUACUUUGAGUUUGAGUUUGAGUACCUUCUGUUAUUCUUUUGUUAGACAAUAAAACCUUUUUUUUG